GCCUGCGCACAAUGCACGACGAGCCGAGACGCUCAUGGACAGCAUUCCCACGAGAUCAUCUCGAACGGCGAGGGCUUCUGGACUCCAACCGGUACCACGUGUCGUUCCCACGCCAGAGAGCCAACUCACACAGCAGCUCCCCCUCCCAUUCGCCAUCAUCGUUUUUCCGUUCAGCAUAGCGUACUCCCUUCUCCAGCGACUGUUUGGCGGCAUUGGCUACGUCUUCCCUUUCCUGCCACGACUCCUCGCUCGCUUCUGGUCGGGGAGAACGUCACGACCCUCACGAGAUGCAUCUCGAAGACCGCUGGCGCCGAGGGAUACGGCAGCACGGUUCAUUAGGGAGUUUGAAGAGGAGUAUGGGGUGGAGCAUGGCACACUGCCGUUCCAUGAAGGCGGGUAUGCGCAGGCAUUCGAUAUCGCCAAGAGAGACUUGAAGUUCCUUCUCGUGGUGCUGCUAUCUCCAGAACACGACGACAAUGCAGGGUUUGUGAGUGAAACAUUGCUAUCACCAGAGCUCGUGGAGUUUGUAAAGGCUUCAAGCAACAACAUCAUCCUGUGGGCUGGGACAGUGCAAGACGCAGAGGCAUAUCAGGUCAGCACCGCGUUGAACGUGACGAAGUUCCCCUAUACUGCACUUGUCGUACACACGCCAUCAGUGUCAUCAACAGCAAUGUCAAAAAUAGCGAGCUCGGCAGGCCCGGUUCCUGCGCAGGAAUUGAUCACAAAGUUCCAGACGGCAAUGCAAAGUCAAAAUACGGAAUUGGAUAGAGUACGGCGGCAGAGACAGGAGCAACAGGCUACAAGGAAUCUACGACAGGAGCAAGAAACCGCAUACGAGCGAUCAUUGGCUAUGGAUCGUGAAAAGGCAAGGAAGAGAAAGGAGGAACAAGCAGCAAAGGAGGAAGCUGAGCGUGUACGAAAUGAAGCGGUGGAACGCAAGGCUCGAAACGCACGAAACCUGGCGCAAUGGAGAAGGUGGAGAGCCCAGAGCAUUCCUGCAGAGCCGGGCGCCGAGGUCAAGGACGCUGUUAGGAUGAGUCUGAGGAUGCCAUCUGGAGAGCGUGUGAUACGAAAAUUCGGACCUGAUGCGGAACUGGAGGAGCUAUAUGCUUUUGUGGAGUGCUAUGACGAGCUUCAGGACAUCUCUGAGAAGACGGUGCCGGAGCCGCAGGGAUACGAACAUACAUACAAAUUCAGACUUGUGUCGCCAAUGCCGCGCGAGGCAUACGAUGUAGAUGGGAAGGGCACCAUCCGUGACAGGAUUGGGAGGAGUGGGAAUCUCAUCGUCGAGAAGAUUCUUGGUGAAGACGAUGAGGAUGAAGAUGACGAGGACGAUGCAGAGUAGACCCUUGGAAUGUUGCGGACUCUUAUACAAACCUCCAUCCCAGGAUCAGGCGGAAAGCGCACCCUCCACAGGCUCGUGAAGCAGAUUUUUGCUGUAGCAUACUAACUGCGCACGCGAUGCCCAAGCUUGGUAUAGCUCGAACGACGGAGAGGACAAGAAUGAAGCUCGUACCAGCUACCGCGUCGCUACUACAAUGCCACAAAAAGAGGCACACGGGAAGAAAGAUCGGCGAUGCUCACGCUCGUCCGUCCUCGUGAGCAGAGCUGGCUCUCUCCCUCAUUGUGCGAACUCUUGCCAUGUACACCCACCGUCCAUGCCUACACGGGGCUUUGCUUUUCGACAUCUGAAGCCACCAUACUCCGUAGCUAGGGUUCGGAAUGAACUUGUUCAACGUUGGCCCUGACAUUUACACAAAACAAGUCUGCUGGGUAUGCUACUUCACAGGCGACGAUGAAGGUUGUCAAUACUUCUGUCCAUCAUAGCCAUGUAAGGGACGUCAACUACUGCGCAGUACUUUCCGCCUGUGCCGACAAGCUCCAAUGUACUGAAUACACCCAUGCGCUGGUGGCCAGGAUGUGAAAACUCCAACGCAAUAAGAAGCUGUUGAGCGCCCGAUCUGGAGCAGCCGAAUCGGCUAGUGAAGAAUCUAGUCCUGUAGUACUUGUGCUCGAGCACUGCCUUGUUGUGCUCUAGGUCCAUUUCGAUGCUAGAGUGUGGAAAAGGCUGGGGGACCAAACUGGUGCGGGGCUUAACGAGGCGGGCCCGGGCCAGACGGCGCGGUUGGCCUUCAAACUUCGUGAUCCGCAGUAACUUGGUGCUGUAGACCACUUUGCUGAAUUCUGUUCUAGUCUGAUGAUCUACGGGGAACUGUCAGCGACUCGAGAGACUCUACUGUCCAGCUGUAAGGCUCCAGCCUAUGUGAGAAAACACGUACUUGCGCGCAAGAGCCCUGGUGUUUUGCAAGGUCCGAUGUCUCGAAGAUGAUAGAAUGCUGCGAAGUAAUAGAUUAGAUCUCUCAUCUCGCGUGGCAAGUCGAGAAGGUUUUUGCAUGGAAUCGCGUCGGGAACUUCUUCAGCCUGGAGAAUGAAAGCCAUGUUGCCCUUUUCGAGGUGUGUUCCUGGUGAUCAGGAAGGUGGUAGUGGUUGUUGUUGUUGUAUGUUGGACGAAGAUCAAGACGCGGAAACCAAUUUAUAAAGUCGUGAAGUGAAAAGUGAAGCCGACGAAUAUUCACAGAUGCUAUUAUGUACUUAGGCCUCCAGGACCGC